UCCGCCAUCGCCACCGGUUGAGUUGGAGUUGCCGGCGCCGCAUCAAACUUAGUUUGGCCAUCUCCUCCGCCCAUGCCUCAGUUCCAAAUCCAGCGGGAUGAUGGAGAGGAUGAAUGCGAAGAUUAUCUCCAAAUCUGGUUUGCUGCUCUAGAUCUUGGCUCAUCCAUGGCUGCCGGCGAAGAGCUCAACAACUUGCUGCAACCAGGAGUCUUUUACAAUCCCCCCUCCUCCUCCUCCUCCUCCUCUGGGUCCACCGUGCUGUCGCCAAGAAUGGCACAGCUUCGUACUAUGGUCCUCCCUACGAGCGGACGGAGUGCUACGGCGAGGGCUCAUUGCAGUUCCCUGUGAGCAACCUGUUCAUGGCCGUGGGUGACGGACUAUGGGACCUGGGGGCAGCAUGCGGCAGGGAGUAUGAGUUGCGGUGCAUUGGCGAUGCGCAGUCUGGCCCUGGAGGCUGCAAACCCGGCGCCAACAAUAUCCGGGUCAAGGUCGUCGACUAUGCCCUCUCAGUUGAGUCCUCUGCUGCGGCCCCCAGGCAGUCCGUAACCGGCACUGAUUUGGUGCUGUCUUGGCCCGCAUUUGAAGCCAUUGCUAGUCCGUCCGUGGAUUCGAUCAAAGUGGGAAUUUUGACAACGAAACAUGCAGAGUUCUUAGAAUAUAAAUAACAGAUUUUCCAAUCCCGAUUAAUUUUAGUCAAAUCCAUUGUUUUAAAAAGACCUCUAUAUGUCGAAUUUCCAUGUCGAUUCACAUCAAACACGAUCAUUCAAGUUGUUUGCAACGUGCUUCCCUAUAGCCCCCUCUUAGGGAUGAUGGAACUUCUUACGACAAGACUGAUUUGGAAAACACCUCGUCAAAAAGCUGGCUAAUCACCUGAUGGAUUGAUAUUUCGGAUUUGGCUUAAGUCAUCACCUAAGGUUAAGGU